UCCUUUCUCUUUUUUUUCACACACAAUCACAUCUCUCCUUCUUUCUCUACCUAUCUCUCUCAUUCUCAGGCUUUAUGUGUGUGUGACUUCCUGAGAUUGGUCAUGGUUUUGGCUUGAGCUAAUGUCCAUUUCUCUAUGGGUUUUUCAUGUGGAGAUGGAUUUGAUAAACGAGAAGCCAAAGUUCCAUUGAGGCCUGAGAUUGAAGAGGCAGAGGUUCAAAGAGGUGUAGAUAUGCAGGGUGGUCAUGGGUUGGAACUAGAUCUAGAGUUCAAGCCAAUAGAGCACCCAGUGGAGCCAUCUGAUGAGGACAGACCAGUCAAAUGCCCAAUGCCAGGCUCUUCAGUGUCAAAUGUGGAACGGUUAGCCGAAAGCUUGAGGAAGAGGGGAGAAGUAUCAACAGAUAUGAAUGAGGAAGGAAUGUUGGUGGUGGCUGUUGAGCCUCCAGCUCGAGCAGUGCGUAAGAGGCAUCAUACUCUCACUCGCAACCAUUCAAUACCGCCGCUGCUCAAGAGGGCUCCUCUUCCUCCUUUACAAACUCAGAAUAGUACAAUCUUUCAAAUGCUUCAACAGUGCAAUGAGUAUGAUGAACCCAUUCAAGAUAUGCAAUAUUAGAUGAUUACAACUUCUUCAGUUUGGUGUGUACCUGCCAUUACAGAAUAGUUAGUAUUCAAUAUCUCAAAGUUCCACAUAUCUUCUAUAAAUACAGAUAAAAGCCCAAAUUUAAAAUUUAAAUCUGCUAGUGGGAAGGACUUGAAAUGUCUAUGGGGAUAAGUAUUCUAUUGGGUAUUUGGAAACCAUGGUAUAGCUCAAUGUGAAAGUAUCUGAUUACUUUAUACCUUCAUGUGUUCAGUAAUCAAACAUGAACCCUGAUCAGGAUACGUUUUGCU